AAACAGCCAACGACCAAUCAGGAAGAAGAACUCCAGCGCCAAAGUCAAAUCAGUUUGAACGUUUAGUGUUUGAAAGCAGCGGUGUGAGACUGUCUUCAGAAUAAUAAUCAUAAUAACAAGAAAAGUUAGAUUAUUUUGGUUCUUGUAUAGUUUUUGGGACGAUUAUUAACAAAUAUUAUAUCCACGAAUCUUCAGGAGUCAAGGUGAUCGUUUAACCGCAUCAGAGGAGGAGUGAGUGAGUGAGUGACGGCAAAAUGGACACGGCGGUAAAAAAGAGUAAUAAGGAAAACUCCAAGCCUGAGACCGGUCCGAAAAAACCCGAGUCCAGAAACGUCACAUCGAAACAGAAGCUGGUGAGACCUGCGCCGCUGCGGUCCAAAAACGAGCCGAGGGAAGAAAACGCAGGAGACAAGCCCGAGUCUAAAGCGCAGCUCAAACCAUCAAAACCCGCCAACGAUUCGGAUCCCACGCAGCGGAAAACUCUGAGUCAGGCGUUCCGGACCGAACAAACCCUGAGACACAGGAAACUGGUGCUGGAAACCCAGAAGCCUCCGUCGUCCGUCCCUCCGAAACCCCUCCUCCCCGGGACCUACAAGGGCCGCGUGGUACGGUCCAAAAUAGACUGCUUCAGGAAGCCGGCGAGUGGCCAGGAGAAGAAACCUGCCGAGAACAAGCCCAAGGCUGAGACGGCGGUUCGGUCCAAAUCCGCCACGACGCUCUCCGCUUCCUCAAGAGCAGGAGUCCAGUCUGGUGUGGCGAGCAGAACGACCUCAUGGUCGGACGCACGGUUAAACACGCAGAAGACGGUUCCUCAAAGACGGAUACAGACGAAAGCUCCAGCUCAGACAGCUACGAUCUCCACCAAACCAUCUACUGUCUCCACCAAAGCUUCUACAAUCUCCACCAAACCAUCCACCAUCUCCACCAAACCAUCUACUGUCUCCACUAAACCAUCUACAAUCUCCACCAAAGCUUCUACAAUCUCCACCAAACCAUCCACCAUCUCCACCAAACCAUCUACUGUCUCCACUAAACCGUCUACAAUCUCCACCAAACCACCCACCAUCUCCACCAAACCACCCACCAUCUCCACCAAACCAUCCACCAUCUCCACCAAACCUUCUACAAUCUCCACCAAACCAUCCACCAUCUCCAAAAACCCAUCUACUUUCUCCACUAAACCAUCUACCGUCUCCGCCAAACCAUCUAUGAUCUCUAGGAAACCAGUUACGAUGUCAGCAAGACCACCAACAGUGACAUCAUUCAUCAAGAAGAAGGAACCAUCCAAACCUGCUGCAGCUGCUAGCGAGCAAAAACCACAAAAGUCUGUCUCAGGCGCCAUCAGCCAAUACCGAGUCCGCGUGGAAUCCGCCGAGGAGAGACGGGCGAAGUUGGCAGAAUGGCUGGCAUCGAAGGGGAAAACCCUGAAAAGGCCGGCGCUGACGGAAAAGUCUGCGGCUCAGACCUGGAGAUCUCGGCCCGAGGAUGAGGAUGAAGAGGAAACUCGGCCCGAGGAUGAGGAUGAAGAGGAAACUCGGCCCGAGGAUGAGGAUGAAGAGGAAACUCGGCCCGAAGCGAGUAAACGAGGCGGAACGGAACACAGCGAUGUUCCUCAGACGAAACCCGCCUUCUCCAGCAGCCCGAGUCACAUCCUCAACACCACGCUGGACCUGCUGGACGACUCGGACACGGAGCUGCCCACGGAGCCCGAGAUCAGGAUGGAAUCGUUGGUGAUAAACUUGUGUGAACGAUUAGAGGAGAUGGAAACGCCGUCCUCAUGCAAGAGCCGUGGAGACGCCGAUGCCGAGGUGAAGGUAGAAGAAGAAACGCCUGAAUACGAGAUUCUGGAGGAGGGAGAACGGAGAGAGGGAGAACGGAGAGAGGGAGAACGGAUGGACACGGAUGGAGGGGAGAAGAAAGAGGAAAAGGAGGAAGGUGGAGCAGGAGACAAGAAAACUUUGAAGAUUAAGAUGGAGGAAGAGAAGAAACUGUUUGAAGUGGAUGGAGAGGAGGAUGGAGAGGAGGAUGGAGAGGAGGAUGGAGAGGAGGUUGGAGAGGAGGUUGGAGAGGAGGAUGGAGAGGAGAAGAUGGACUCCACACCUGCAGAUGUUCUGGAUGCGUGCGUCGUGAAGUACAGCGUAAAAACCACUCCGUUUCUGCAAAGUGUGAAGAAGAGGAUGGAGGGUGAAAUGGCUCCCGGUACUCCUGGCUCUCGCCGUAAAAGUUCCAUUAAAGAGCUGAGGUUCCUGACGCCGGUGCGCCGCUCGUCCCGGAUCCACAGGAACUCGUCCCGGCUGCCGGGAAUGCUGAACGAGCACGACCCCUGCGUGUCCUCGCUGGCCGAGCUCGAGCUGCUGGACGCCGCCGACUCCAACGCCUACAUCUACAGGAGGAACCCUGCGCUGCUGCAGCACCUCCCUGAUCAGCGUCCCGAACCCCAGAGCUCCGAAUAAACACGCGGAGUUAUCAGAACAGGAAGCACACGGAUUUCAACCGCAGUAACAUGCAAAUAUGCAAAUACUGAACGUUAACCUGUGGCAGAAAAGACACUGGGCUGAUUUGCAUAUGUAAAUAAUGUCCCUUUCUAUUGGUUCGCUCGCACCUGUAAAAGAAACGCUGAUGUUCAGAGUCGACUGAAUAUGAAAAGAUAAACAUUAACGCUACACUAAGGGGUUUUGGAUGGGUUUUUUUUCUUUUUUUUCACUAACUGAACAUGUAAUCUAAGGUUUGUUUUUACUCAACAUCGCUGAACAACAUGAAUAACUAAAAACAGAUAGAAGUGGUGGAAGUUUGUAAUGUAAAAAAUACUCAAGCAAGUUUUACUUUACACUAAAGAGCCUCUGAAACCAAAAUGGAGGUUAGAAAUGUUGAAAAUAUUGUGUUUGUAGAUAUUUCGAGUGGAGAAAGGUUUUGGUUCUGCAAACACUCACGCAGGAAAAAGAGGUUCAGAUGUUUUUACUGCGAUUAUAAUCUAAAAGUUUUAUUCUACUAAAGCCUUAUGACAUUAUAACCUAUUUAACAGUAUGUGUGAUUGACAGGUACGUAACCUAGCAACACAAGCUGCUCUCUAUGGUCUAACUAACUGCCAGAGGAAAAGUAUUAACACUUUAAGUUGUAUUAAUAUUUUAUCCUGCAUCAUAACCUUCCUGAAGUUGUUACGAAUACUGAAUACUUUCUCUUCAUCAGACUUCAUCAGUUAUUAGUCGUAUUAAUCUGACCAUAAUCAUUCAUGUUGCUUUUUUUCCCCUCCUUUUUCUCCCUCCCUCUUUCCUCCUGAUGUUUGUUUGUCUCUUUCUCUUUCCUGUGUAUACUUAUCCAGUUUUCCACAUUAAUAUUGUUCACACUGAAGCACAUGAUUAUGUACUUUGGCUUGCAAACUCAUCUUCACCUUUGAUCUGUCUUUGUAAAGACGAGAUUCAGGCACAUAUUGUGUUGUAUGAGGGUUUCUUGAAAUAAACUCGGUUCCCUUUUA